UCUCUCGACUCUGGAAUGAGUUGAACUGAAUCUUCUUCAACAAUCCAAUUUCCCCCUAAAAAAAUCACUGCAAUUUCUGCUAUCGCAGCAAUGGCAGAAACGCAAAUUCUCGACGGAAAAUCAGGUAUACGAGCCUCAAUUUUCGAGGAAGACUCUCGAAACAGCGCUCUCUUUCUGGAACUGAAGCACAGCUGCGUGCAGCUGCUGGACCUCCUUCGGAACCCCGACGCUGAUCCCUCCUUUCUCUCCCAUCUCCUCCACCUACUCCAGAACUCCUCCGCGCUCUCUCUCCAGCCGCUUUUCGACUUUAUUUUGUUCCCGUUGCUGCUUCUGUUCGACGCAUCAGUCGAAUGUAGGUCGUCGAUGAAAAUUGAUUCCAAAGAUGAUUCUCUAGUAUCUAGCACCUUACGGGUGGAACAUAAAGUGAGUGACUCGGUGGCGGAGGGCGUGGUUCUCUGCUUGGAGGAAGUGUUGAAGAAGUGCCAAUUAGGAUCUAUUGAUCAGAUGGUUGUUAUACUGAAGAAAUUGACACUUGGAGCUAUGCUUUCUCCAUUGGAAGCUUCAGAAGAAUUUCGUGAAGGAGUGAUAAGGUGCUUCAGGGCCGUGUUGCUGAAUUUGUGUCCUUGUUCAGAUGAUUCAUGUCCUUGCAAGCGAAUAAGUAAUAGGCCUAUUCUUCCAGAUGAAAAAGAAUGGCAAUUUUCAGGACAUAUUUCCGUUUCAAAAGAGUGUCCAUUAGCAUUUCUUCAGUCUCAACCUGCUUCUGCAGCGAUUGGACACUGGCUGUCUCUUAUGCUCAAGGCUGCAGAUAUUGAGGUCACACGAGGUCAUCGAGGCAGUUCUAGGCUUCGAGUUGAAGCUUUGAUAACACUUCGAGUGCUAAUUGCAAAGGUUGGAUCGGCAGAUGCCUUGGCUUUUUAUUUACCAGGCGUUGUAAGUCAACUGGGGAAGGUGUUGCACACAUCAAGAUCUAUGAUUAGUGGUGCCGCAGGAAGUACAAAAGCCUUGGAUCAGGCAGUUAGAGCAUUGGCUGAAUACCUUGUUGUGGUUCUCGAUGAUGGCGUUUCUACACCUCAUGGUGCCCAGGUGGAGGACAUUUCUGGCUUCUCAUCAACUAAAGAGAAACCACUUUCUUCAUUCCUAGAGGAACUCCGUCACCUACCUGCUCAAAAAACAACUCAGGGUGAUAUCAGAGAUUCUACUGAAUCCAUAGAGAAAGGCAGCAUAAUAUCCGUAGGAGAUAAUGUGCAGGGCGCUGUUGACCUUAACGCUCGAUCACUGCAUGUAAACCGUACAGAGGAGUGGUUAACAAAUACUGCUGCUCAUGUUAAUAAACUUUUAUCUGCAACAUUUCCUCUUCUUUGUGUUCAUCCUAGCAAAAAUGUGAGACUAGGACUUUUGGCUUCUCUACAGGGGCUCUUAUGUAAAUGCAAUUACACAUUGAAAGAAAGCAGAUUAACACUUCUGGAAUGCUUGUGUGUGUUGGUUUGUGAUGAUCUUGGAGAUGUGUCUUCAUCAGCCCAGGCCUUUUUUGGACUUCUGGUUUCAUCGAAAGAAAAGCAUCAAACAAAACAUGAGAUUGUUGAACUUUUUAGCAGGUUGAUUGAAAAACUUCCUCAAGUGGUACUGGGUAAUGAGGAGUCACUUGCACUAUCACAUGCCCGAAAGUUGCUAGCAAUUACAUAUUUCGGUGGUCCCAAACUUGUCGCAGACUACCUUCUUCUUUCCCCUGUGACAGCUGCCCGUUUCUUGGAUGUGUUUGCGCUCUGUCUAAGUCAAAACACUGUUUAUGCUGGUUCACUCAACAAGCUUGCAGCAGCAAGACCCACAUCAUCCGGCUUCAUGCAUUCAAUAGCUGAGAUCCAGGCCGUUACUAGUGCUGAAGGUUCUCGGGGAUCAGGUUUCCAGAAUAGGAAAAUUUCAAAUGUAUACGAACAUGGAAAUAAUGAAUAUAAGCUGCCUAGCAUUCCACCUUGGUUGACCAAUAUGGAUAGUCAGAAGCUGUACCAGACUCUUUCAGGAAUCCUGAGGCUAGUCAGUCUAUAUGUACUCACAGACUCUCGAAGUCAGGGUUCGUACUCUGGUUUAAUUGAUAUUCUCCUUGAACACUUCCAUAAACUGAUAUCUGAGCUGCGACUGAAAGAACUCCAUAAGGAAAGCUGGCAGUCUUGGUAUAAAAGAACGGCGUCAGGGCAUUUGGUGCGGCAAGCUAGUACUGCUGCAUGCAUCCUCAAUGAAAUGAUUUUUGGGCUGUCUGACCAGGCCAUGACAUCUUUAAAUGGAAUGUUCGGUCAUCGUCUACACCAUACAAGUAAUGGUGUUGAUGAUGCUUUGGUAGAAAAUCAUGCUCAGGAGAGGUACCAGAAGUCUAGUGCCAGGGCUUAUUUGAUUGAUUGCAUCGGUAGUAUCCUACAUGAAUAUUUAUCACCUGAAGUCUGGGAUCUCCCACUUGGACUAUCAGCUUCUCCCUCUGGAGAAGGCGACGUAAAUAUGCAUUUUUUCAGUGACAAUGCAAUGCUGCAGCAGGUCAUUAUUGAAGGAAUAGGCAUAUUCAAUAUUUGCCUGGGCAAAGAAUUUUCAUCGUGUGGAUUUCUUCACUCCUCUCUCUAUAUGUUACUUGAAAAUAUCAUAUGCUCAGAUUUUCAAGUCAGGAGGGCUGCUGAUACUGUCCUACAUGUUAUCUCUGCUACACACAACUGUCCAACUGUGGGCCACUUGGUUGUCGACAACUCAGAUUAUGUGAUUGACUCCGUAUGUAGGCAACUGCGACAUCUAGAUUGUAAUCCUCACGUGCCUAAUGUUCUCUCCGCCGUGCUCUCUUAUGUUGGGAUAGCUGACAAAAUAUUGCCACUGUUGGAGGAGCCGAUGCAUACAGUCUCCAUGGAGCUUGAAAUUCUUGGGAGGCAUCAUCACCCUAAUUUGACUGUCCCCUUCUUAAAGGCCGUAGCAGAAAUAGCCAAAGCCUCUAAACGGGAGGCUGGUGAGCUUUCCGGUCAAUUAGAGUUGUACAAGAAUGAUGUCAAUUCAAAAAUGUUGAAUGAAGAGAAAAGAACAGGAAAUAAUGUUCGGCAUUCAGGAUCAAAUGCUAAUAAUAUUGACUCCGAAAUAGAUGAGGAAGGAUGCGCCAUUGAAUGGGAGUCUGUCGUAUUCAAGUUUAACGAUUCAAAAAGAUAUCGGCGUAUAGUUGGAUCUAUUGCAGGAUCAUGCAUUGUUGCUGUUACUCCACUAAUUGCUUCUGCUGAUGCAGCAGCAUGCUUGACAGCUCUGGAUAUAGUUGAGGAUGGUAUUACCACACUUGUCAAAGUGGAAGAAGCCUACAAGCACGAGAGUGAGACGAAAGAAGCAAUCGAACAAGUCAUUCAGUCAUGUUCGUUAUACCAUCUUCUCGACACUCUCGGUGCUGCUGAGGAUGAAGCUUCAGAGAAUAGAUCACUUCCUGCAAUGAACAAAAUCUGGCCUUUCUUGAUUACCUGUUUUCGGAAUAAGAAUCUAGUGGCCAUCCGAAGAUGCUGUCGCACGAUCAGCACCGUAGUGCAAAUCUGCGGUGGGGAGUUCUUCGCUCGUCGCUUCCACACCGACGGCGUCCACAUCUGGAGACUCCUAAGCACGUCGCCGUUUCAAAAGAAAACCCGCUCCAAGGAAGAACGAACCCCCCUCCAACUCCCUUACAGGAGGAGCCUCACAUCUUCCGAAGAUUCGCCUGCCGAGCUAUCAACCCUGAAAGUCCAGGUAGCGAUCCUCGACAUGAUCGCAGACCUAGCUCGGAGCAAAAGAAGCGCUCCGGCACUGGAGCCGGUCCUCAAGAAGGUCAGCGGCGUCGUGGUCGGGAUGGUGUGCAGCGGCGUCAAGGGCCUUCAGGACGCUUGCAUUAACGCCCUCGCGGCGCUGGCAUCCAUCGACCCUGACCUGAUAUGGCUGCUUCUUGCCGACGUGUACUACUCGCGGGCGAAAAGCCCGCCUCCGCCCCCGUCCGGCGAGUUCCCCGAGAUCUCUGAGGUGUUGCCUCCGCCACCAUCGCUCAAAGACUACUUGUACGUGUUGUAUGCAGGUCAGAGCUAUGGAUUCGAUGUUGAUUUUGCCGCUGUGGAAACUGCCUUAGAUAAAUUAAACUCUAUUGUUUUUACAUCGCAAAUGUACAAAUAAUUGUUUUUUGGUUAAAUUUCUGGUUUUGUACUAGAAUAAGGGCUUCAUUAUAUUUACAUUUUUAGGUUG